AUGACAUUUGACGCAAACAGUGAUUUUACAAUCAAUAAUUUGUUUGAACAAAUUAAUACGAACAAUAUUGAUACUAUUAAUAUAAAAGGAGAUGUAACAGAAAUAAACUACUUUUUGGGAGUUGAAUUCAUCAAAAAUGUCAAUAUUAAUACGGAUCACACUGUAACUUUAUCAGACUCACUUUUUUAUGGAUCAAGGAACAUAGAAUCAGUAACAUGUACAAAUAAUAUUGUUGUUGGUCCAAAAUGUUUUGAACAAUCUACAAUAAGAAACAUAGAUUUCACAAAAAUAACUGAAAUUGGGGAAGAUGCAUUUAGAAACUGCUACAAUAUAAAGAAUACCGAUUUGAAAGUUUUGACAGAUAUAGGUCCUUCUGCAUUUGCUUCAAGUGGAUUGGAAUCUGUGAUGAUUCCUUCGACAAUAUCAAAAAUUCCUGAUCAUUGUUUCUAUCAAUGUCCAAAUCUAACAAAUGUCGAAUUCAAAGGCCCUGUUGAUAUCGAUCAAUAUGCAUUUGCAGAUUGA